AUGGCUGGCCGCAAAAAUUUCGGUUUUAUGGUCGUGUGGUUUGUCUUGCUUAUCGGCAUCGUCACUGCUAUUCCUGCCUCAGGUCCAUCACCAAAGAACACAAGGCAGACUGCUUCAAUCCCUGCUGCCGACGGCAUCUUCAAGGGCAGACACAAUGGUGCCCUCGAGUAUCACCGUACUCUGUCCAAGUACAACAUUCCCAUCCCCAGUGGCCUUCAAAGGGUGGUCAAUCGUUAUUUGGAGAAGGUCCCCAGUGACCAGACUGGUACUGUUCCUGCCGUGCCUCAGGAUGGCGACCUCGAAUGGAUCUCCCCUGCAAACAUCGGCACGCCUGCUCAGCAGCUAUACCUGGACUUCGACACCGGUUCUGCUGAUACCUGGGUUUUCUCUAAUGACACCGUCACCAAGAGUGUCAAGGGCCAGACCAUUUUUGACCUCAGCAAAUCCACAACUGCUCAACUCAUUCCGAACUGUUCGUGGAGCAUCCUGUAUGGUGACUUCUCCAGCUCCUCCGGCAUUGUGUACAAGGAUACAUUUGCUCUUGGGGACCUUGUAAUCGAAGGCAUGACCAUUGAGUCUGCAAAACAAGUUUCAACACAGUUCAGCAGUCAGAAGGAAAUGUCUGGCUUGGUCGGCCUUGCCUUCAGCAGCAUUAUCCAGACUGAGCCCGUCCAGAAGUCCUUGAUCGACUUCCUGCCCGACGUCUUGCCUGAUCCUAUCUUUACCACGGACUUGCGACACAACAGCAGCGAAGGAUCCUACAACUUUGGCUACAUCGACCAUGAUCUGUACGACGACGAGAUCGAAUACGUCGGCGUUGAUGUCAGUGAUGGCUUUUGGAGCGUGAAAAUGAAGGGCUUCGCCGCCAAAGAUGGCUCCGACUUUUCAUACGAGUUUGAACAGCCGGCCCAAGUUAUUUUAGACACGGGCUCCACCCUGUUCUACGCACCUGACCAGGCUGUUUCGGCGUACUACAAGAAUCACGUCCCGUAUGCUAAUUUCUCGUACUCGGAGUAUGGAUGGAUCAUUCCCUGCAACUCUACGCCGCCGAACUUCAUCUGGGAGCUUACCGACAAGGACGACAACGUCAUUCAAGGCGAGGUACCUGGUGAGUAUUUCCCUUACGCAGUACUCGACAACAAGGGUUCCCCUGAAGGCUACUGCUACUCAGGUCUUCAAAGCCUAGGCGACUUCACUUCACUUCAGGGAAUACUCGGCGACAUUUUCCUGAAGCCCAUGUUCGAGGUUUGGGAUAUUGGUCAACAGCGAGUGGGCUUUGCGCCCAAGCCUCUUCCGCCCAUGAAAACGGCAGGCAAGCGCCGCGAUUUGAUGGCAAACAAGACCAAGAAGGUCAUCCUUCAGUAA